AUGGCGAAAGAUGACAUGGCAGAGGUAGAUUCAGCAUCCAGUAUAGCGGAACCCACGCGCGGGCUGGAGAUAGUAUUCCCAUACGAGGAGUAUGAAUGCAAAAUAUGUUACAAUUAUUUCGACCUUGACCGUCGCGCACCCAAGAUUUUAGAAUGCUUGCACACAUUUUGCGAGGAGUGCCUGAACACUAUCCAUCUCCGCGAGGAGCGUCCAUGGCGAAUCAGCUGUCCUAUAUGUCGCCACAGGACGUCCGUGCCGGACUAUCGGAUACAAAACCUGCCCAAUAAUACCAAGGUAACGGAGGAUUUCCCAUUGUACAUUGACUCUGACCCUCUGCCUCAGGAUGCCUUGCCCCUCUACCCUCCUCCGUUGCACCCCGCACUCGUCGCCCUCAGGCGCGAGGAGGCAUCGGGGGCGUCCACGAGCCAAGCUACCCCCUCCACUACCUUGUCCACCGCCACUACCCUCUCCCAGGACUCCGUGCGCUAUGACAGCUGUCAGAGCUGCAAGCGGGUUGCCCUGACUACGGGCUGUGUGUGUGUGAUAUUCUCCUUUCUGUCCAUGCUGGUUCUGCUCUUCAUGGGCCUGAUCUUCGUGCACAGUCACAGCAACCCGCCCUCGCCCGCGGGACCCAUCUGCCUGUCGGUGGCCAGCAUCCUAGCCAUGUUCUCGGUGGUCGUCACGUGGCUGAUCUGCUGGUUAAAAUAUAGACCCGAUCACGAGUCAGGCCGCUCGUCUGGAACGAAUAGGAGGAACGCCUGAUGAUGAAGAUGCUAAUCAUGAUGAUAAUGUGAUGUGUGUGUGAUUAUGUAAAUACUGCUGUAUACUAGCAUAAUGUCCCUCCCUCCCUUUACUUUUUGUUGUUGUUGAAAUAAACAUUGUCCAGAAUGGCCUUUUAAAAGUAGGAUAUAGCAAACACCAUGUAAACACCUUCAUCUGCUCAUUGAGUACUAAGCCUACAGUAGCCUACCAUUGAUACAUUCAUACAUGCACUUGUAUGUCUACCUAUGGCAGGUUUAUAUGAUGAUGGGUAACCUUGCCUGAGACCUAGAUGAACUGCCUGUCACUCCCAGAAUAGACUGGUUGAUUGAGUUGAGGACUGGGGUUUAAUAACAGUUUCCUGAAAAGUAUACAUCACUAUGCCUCUCACUGUAUGAAAACCUGUCCUCCCUCCCAUGCAUCUCAAAGACGCACCUGCCCAUGUUAUUGUAGUGUGGGCUAUACAAUUCCACAUGAAUAGGUUUGAGAUUUUGUAUCAUGCCUAAAACAGGCCCACUCAUUUGAGGAGUCACUAAUAAUAUAUGUAAUUGACAAGUCACUCAUGUAAGAUGCGUAAAUGGUACAGUAUCUGUGAAGAUAGGAGAGGUGUCCUUACCGCUAUUUAAAUUGACAUGGUGUUUAGGUUACCAAGAAUAAGUCUAGAGAACAGGUGCCUGCUACAUUCCUAUUUCGAAAGUGCUCCGGUUGUAGGCCUACUGUACACCUGUGUACAUCUCUCUGGCCUUUCUUCUGCCUGUGUAGUCAGGUCAUCAUCAUCAUCUGCCAGGCCUCUGAAAGCAUCCUCUUCCCUUCUUCCUGCCUGUCGACUGAUUAUCACCACCGGUCUGACAGACAGUGAAGGUGAAAGCAAGGUUCCUUCCCACCGUAUUGCUUUGAGUCUUGUUGUCAUUCACUUCAGAUCAUUGAUGAGAACCUUGAAGAAGGGAGGAGGCAUUCCCUCCGUUUUCGAAUGAGGCGCUAAUUUACCCCUCUCUUUAGGUGGUUGAAGAUGCACUCCAGGAUCUAAAGCACAACAAAUUCCUAACAUAUUGCACAAAUUUGAUUUGUAACAGUCACACGAAUUGCAAAAUUUGUAUGAUAUCAUACAUAUUGCAAAAUUCCUAACAUAUCACAUGAAAAUGGAUGACGUACUACACAAUUGGAUGACGUAGUAGGCUACACAAAAAACAGAGAUCCGUUUCGGCUGGUGAGCACCACUUUCAAAACUACUGGCUGAAAUGAUAGAAAAGCUCUGGAGUGCAUCUUUAAUUGCCAUGUGCUUCUCUCUCUUAGAUUCCUCUAGCCUGUUGCCUGUGUAACCGAUGUGAAAUGGCUAGCUAGUUAGUGGGGUGCGAGCUAAUAGCGUUUCAAUCGGUGACGUCACUCGCUCUGAGACCUUGAAGUAGUUGUUCCCCUUGCUCUGCAAGGGCUGCGGCUUUUGUGGAGGGAUGGGUAACGAUGGGAGGCAGUUGUUGAUGUGUGCAGAGGGUCCCUUGUUCGAGCCCAGGUAGGGGCGAGGAGAGGGACGGAAGCUAAACGGUUACAACUGUAUGGUCGGGGAUCAUCAGUGGCAUAUUGAGAGAGUUGCUAUGAGGAUGGAGUAGGGUCCUCAAAGUCUGAGGCACAGUUUUUGCAAUGCCUAUGGAACUGAGAGACUAAAAUGAGAGUGAUUGGAUUUGUCAAUAUUAGUCAUUAGGCCAGGGGCAUUGAAAUCAGGGCCUACUGUGCUGCACUGGUUUCCCUAUAAUCAGAGACUGAUGGUUGGACUCUCAGUACAAUCAAUGAUAUUAAUCAAUCACUUAACUACUAUAGAAGGAUAAAUAAUCCCAACAGUACUACUGUAGACCAUAAGGCUUAUAUUUAUACAGCCCUGAAGCUAUUUCGUUUUGUAUUUACUUUCUACUGUACGUGCUCUGUGUAGAACAGACACUGUUGGGCCCUCUUCCUAAAGACGUGUCUUUUAGGAUUUACGUAAAUAAUAUGUAAAUAGGAGACGGCUGGGAUAUACGCGAGUUAUAUCUAAGCACUUACUGCCCUAACAAAUUCACUUUAACAUUGCCUCACAAUCAAACAUGCUUCAAUCAACCUGUUAGACUGUCAGUAUAACCGUUAGAAGAUGCACUUUCGCCCUCUUCUUUGACAAAAGUAAAGGGUUUAUAUACUGUAUAUUGUCUAUUAUUGUAUUCAUUCAUUAUGAAUUUUAAAAAGAAAACUUGGAUGUUUUUGAGUUUGUUGAAAAUGUCAUUGUUGUUAAGGUACUAAAAUGUAUUUGCACAGAUAAAUGUUGUGCUGUUUAAAACAGUUCAGUAUUAAAGAAAACAGUACAAAGUU